AUUGCCCCACUUAUUCAAGAAAAAAUGAAGUCCGCUUUACGCAAGAAGGUCAGGAGAAUUCGUAAGAGAUCCGUGUCCACAAGUACCUCAAGCUCUCCGCCACCAAGAUCGUCAUUUCGCACGCGUCAUCCGCAGACGUUACGCAGCGCUGGUGGAGAGCAGUCAAAAGAGGCCGGGGCAUCGCGAGCCUCGAAGGUGGGAGCCACAGACCCCAAGAGCGCGAUCAAAGAGCGCACACUGAUUCACCAAGUGGUCGAAGGGCGUGCCAAGCUGAAAAGGAAGCCUACAACUAAUUCUGCGGUUUCUGGCGGGUCUGUUGGUGUGCCCGUGAGCAAUGCUGAUGCCAUGGGAAUCAAUUUGCCCUCUUACGUCUCCAAGGUGAUGAAGAAUGUCAACAUCUACAGCAUUGUUGACACAGACCCCAUGGAUAAAAUAGCAUCUGACCUCAAAUCUGUAGUACUGCCAUCCAUUAUUUACAGCAGAAUUUGGAGAGGAUGGUUGCAUGGGUCUGUGUUGCUCUGCUUCGUCUACUUGUUGUGGGAAAGUUGGGAUGCAGAAGGAAAAAAGACUGCAAUUGCUGAUUUGGAGAGGCUCUACGGAUUUUUGGUGCUUCCAAUUGCCUUAAACUUCUUCCUGAACUGGUUCUGUUAUCCAGAUGGAUUCUUUUCUCAUAUUUACACCUGGUUUGAUGGAGUCAUCAUAAUAGCAUUCCAUGUGCCUCUGCUGGGCGACCCAAUGGACCUGACUCCUUACCAAAGAAUUAACAUUCUUGGCAGUUUAAUGACCUUCAGGAUUGUUAGUGUUUUUUUGUGGUUCUCUGUGACUGAGUGCAUGUCCAGGGGUUUGAUGAAGGUGAUGAAAUCUCUGCUGGAACUGGUUUUAUUGUUGACAUUAUUGGCUGUCAUUAUGGCAAUUGUGGGCUUCAGAUGGUUCAGCCAGUCCAGUCACUAUUUUGAAACGCCAUUUGUAUCUUUAUUCUCCAUCUUCCACAUUAUGACUUUGGAAAAGAUUGUUGACAUUUCUAGUGGAAUCAUGGACAGUGGUGAAACAGAUUCAUUCAUCAAGAUACUUUUUGGUGUCUUUGCUUUGUUCCUGAUCUUGGGUGGUUCUUAUGUCGGCUUUGGGCUAAUUGAAUCCAUUGUGGCCUCCUCAGUUGAGAUGGAAAUCAAAGAUUUGGAAAGCAGAUUAGCUGCUAGGGAGGCUCAGAAGGCCAUGAGGAAUGCGGAUGAAUCGUCUGACCUAAAAAGAGAUUUAAAAGGCACUGUGGAUGAUGAUGACAGCAGUACAAGCGAAGAUGUGGAGGGAUUUAGUGACUUGGAUGGAGUGGAAGCCAUCCGAGAAUUCUCACCCACCUUGGCAGAUGUGGUGGAUCAAAGGGACCACUGGGGAACAGACCAAACAUCAGAAGUCAUCACUUUCUUUGAAGUCAUGGUCACUAUGGAAAUGCUGGCCUCAGACCUUAGUGAAAUCACCAGUCACCUGAAUGACAUCCUCUUGGGCCAGUUUCUGGCAGAUGAACCACAAUAUAACAAGUUCAUCCAUCAGCAACCGCAAUUAGACGCAUCUUUUCGCAGCUCUUCCAUUGGAGACGCGCAUGAACACCAUGAUGAUGAAGAUGGGGAUGAGUCAUCCAGAUGGCAUCAUGAUAAUGAUGGCAUUGGGUGGUGAAACUGGUGCCAGUUAUUUCACUGAGAACCUCUGCUCCUGAUAAAACAUGUGGGCUUCAAAAUCUUGUAGCUUGGGUCUCAAGUGAUGGAAGAACAGAAUUCUUUUUGCACUGUACUCUCACCUCUCUUUGCCUCCAAUUGUCUCUUAUGCAACAAUCACUUUUUUUCCUUCAUUAAAGUAAGAUUUAAUCUUACACUGAGCAUUAUUUGUAACAGCUUAAGCUCAUUGAUAAUUACACUGUAUACUAAAUGUUUCAGGAAUUACUGCAUGACUUGAGUACCAUGAAGCCUUGAUAACUGGAGUUAUUAACUUGAAAUUUUUUCUAAAAUUGUAUCCCUGAGUAAAAUGCCCACCCAAUUUUUGGAAACUGUAUAAAACACCAUACACUGAGGCAUGAAUUGAACCUGAAUUCAACUAAUUUUCCAUUAUUUCCAUCAAAAUAAGUUCUUAUGCUGAACUUUGUCCAAAAUUCCCCCACUAGAAUCAAGUGUAAUGCAACCCUGAACUUUUAAAACUUUUUGGAGAAUGUAUGACUACCUAAAACAUGCCCCCUUUAUCUCUCAAAUUUGAGGGAACAGGCGUGCAUGGUUCUCCAGAAGAAAUGGCAAUAUCAAAUUGAAUUAUACACCGAGUGUGAGACAGAACAAUCUGAAAUUAUUCACGAAUGUUCCUUCUACCUAUGAUAGCUUUUUUCAUGGUAUUCCUGGCUUUAAAAACUUCUGCUCAUUGUAUUCUACACAAAUUUACCGAACGCUUGAUGAUGUAAGACCAAGCCUCAAUUUAGAGGAGAUGGGGCAACAAAGCGUCCGCAAAUAUUAAUCUCUGGACGCAAAAAGAAAUAGGAGAAAAAUGCAAUAGUUUCUGGCAAGAAGGUCUUCUUUGUUCUCGCCUCCUC